AGAGAACUCGUGACUGCUGAAGCGGAGUUGACCUGAAGUGUGCAUGACAUUUUUCUGGAAGAAUCGGGAAGUGGCCAAUGGACAGCAGAAGCGAAGCAAAGAACCCUAGAGGAUCAGAGAGAUCUCCUCCAACAAAACGCAUCCAAGGGCUUCAAAUCCAGUAGUUUACAAGCCCACCGCUUUCAGGCAAAGUCGGUGCAGAUCCGGCUUCCUGGAAGGGUCCCGGGUGCCGCUUCCCGGCCAACUCUAAAACCCGGAGCGCAAAAAUCCAGCCAAUCCAGAGCAGCAGGCGCGGGCCCGACACAGUGCGCACGCGCAGGGGGUGGUUCCGCCAGGUCGGCCGGAGCGGUGACGAGCCCGGAAGCGUCUGCGCGCGCCCCGUCCGUACCACAACUAGUUUGGUUCGGUGUCCUCGGGACGUCAGCCUUCGGAAAGAACACCCGGCUGCAGCCGCCCGCUCGCCGGUACCGCCGCGAUGUCCAGCAACAGUUUCGCCUACAACGAGCAGUCGGGAGGAGGGGAGGCGGCGGAGCUGGGGCAGGAGGCCACCUCGACCAUCUCUCCCUCGGGCGCCUUCGGCCUCUUCAGCAGCGAUUGGAAGAAGAAUGAAGACCUGAAGCAGAUGCUGGAGAGCAACAAAGAUUCUGCCAAACUAGAUGCUAUGAAGCGGAUUGUUGGGAUGAUUGCGAAGGGGAAAAACGCAUCAGAGCUCUUCCCUGCUGUUGUGAAGAAUGUGGCCAGCAAAAACAUCGAGAUCAAGAAGUUGGUAUAUGUUUACCUCGUCCGAUACGCCGAGGAACAGCAGGACCUGGCGCUCCUGUCCAUUAGCACUUUCCAGCGAGCUUUGAAGGACCCAAAUCAGCUAAUCCGUGCAAGUGCCUUGAGAGUUCUGUCAAGUAUCAGAGUGCCAAUUAUUGUGCCUAUCAUGAUGCUGGCUAUUAAGGAGGCUUCGGCUGACCUGUCACCAUAUGUCAGGAAGAAUGCAGCCCAUGCUAUACAGAAGUUGUACAGUCUUGAUCCAGAGCAGAAGGAGAUGUUGAUUGAAGUCAUUGAGAAGCUUCUGAAAGAUAAGAGCACUCUGGUGGCUGGCAGUGUGGUGAUGGCUUUUGAAGAAGUGUGCCCAGAUAGAAUCGAUCUGAUCCACAGGAAUUACCGAAAGCUUUGUAACCUACUGGUAGAUGUGGAAGAGUGGGGGCAGGUUGUCAUAAUCCACAUGCUGACUCGAUACGCUCGGACACAGUUUGUCAGUCCUUGGAGAGAGGAUGAUGGUCUAGAAGACAACGAAAAGAAUUUCUAUGAAUCAGAUGAUGAAGAGAAGGAAAAGAGUGACAAGAAGAGGCCAUAUACUAUGGAUCCAGACCACAGACUCUUAAUUAGAAACACAAAGCCUUUGCUUCAGAGCAGGAAUGCAGCGGUGGUUAUGGCUGUUGCUCAGCUAUAUUGGCAUAUUUCACCCAAGUCAGAGGCUGGCGUGAUUUCUAAAUCCCUGGUGCGCUUACUUCGUAGCAAUAGGGAGGUGCAGUAUAUUGUUUUACAAAACAUUGCAACUAUGUCAAUUCAGAGAAAGGGUAUGUUUGAACCUUACCUGAAGAGUUUCUAUGUCAGGUCCACUGAUCCAACUAUGAUCAAGACACUGAAGCUUGAAAUUUUGACAAACUUAGCAAAUGAAGCCAACAUAUCAACUCUUCUUCGAGAAUUUCAGACCUACGUGAAAAGCCAAGACAAACAGUUUGCAGCCGCCACUAUUCAGACCAUAGGCAGAUGUGCAACCAGCAUCACCGAAGUCACCGACACUUGCCUCAAUGGCCUGGUGUGUUUGCUAUCCAACAGGGAUGAGAUAGUUGUUGCUGAAAGUGUGGUUGUUAUAAAGAAACUCUUGCAAAUGCAGCCUGCACAGCAUGGUGAAAUUAUUAAACAUAUGGCAAAACUCUUGGACAGUAUCACUGUUCCUGUGGCCAGAGCAAGCAUUCUUUGGCUAAUUGGAGAAAACUGUGAACGAGUUCCUAAAAUUGCUCCUGAUGUUCUGAGGAAAAUGGCUAAAACUUUCACCAGUGAAGAUGAUCUGGUGAAGUUGCAGAUUUUAAAUCUUGGAGCAAAAUUGUAUUUAACCAAUUCCAAGCAGACAAAAUUGCUUACCCAGUACAUAUUAAAUCUCGGCAAGUAUGAUCAAAACUACGACAUCAGAGACCGCACAAGAUUUAUUAGGCAGCUUAUUGUUCCGAAUGAGAAGAGUGGAGCUUUAAGUAAAUAUGCCAAAAAAAUAUUCCUAGCACAGAAGCCUGCACCGCUGCUCGAGUCUCCCUUUAAAGAUAGGGAUCAUUUCCAGCUUGGCACCUUAUCUCAUACUCUCAACAUUAAAGCGUCUGGGUACCUGGAAUUAUCUAAUUGGCCAGAGGUGGCGCCUGACCCAUCGGUUCGCAAUGUAGAAGUAAUAGAGUCAGCAAAAGAAUGGACCCCAGUUGGAAAAUCCAAGAAAGAAAAACCUGCUAAGAAAUUUUACUCUGAAUCUGAGGAGGAAGAGGCGGAGGAAGAGGAGUCCUCUGAUAGCAGCAGUGACAGUGAGGGCGAGUCUGGAAGUGAGAGUGGAGACACAGGAAGUAGCAGUGAGGAUAGCAGCGAGGACUCCUCCAGCGGACAAGAGAGUGAGACUGGAAGUGAGGCAGAAGCAGAAGGCAAGAGAGCGGGCAAGAGGAACUCAAGAUUGAAGAGGAAAAGUGAUUCAGAAGAUGGGGAGAAGAAAAAUGAAAAAUCUAAAACUUCAGAAUCAUCCAGUGCAGAAUCCAGUUCCAUGGAAGAAAGUUCUUCAGGCUCUGAGUCGGCAUCAGAGUCUGACAAUGAACCUGUGCCCAGAAAAGUUGCUCAGGCAAAAGAAAGAAAACCCCAACAAGAAAGACAUCCUCCCCCCAAAGAUGUUUUCCUUCUAGAUCUAGACGAUUUUAACCCAGUAUCCACUCCAGUUGCCCUUCCUACACCAGCCCUUUCUCCAAGCUUGAUAGCUGAUCUUGAAGGUCUAAACUUGUCAACUUCUUCAUCCGUUAUCAACGUCAGUACACCUGUCUUUGUGCCAACAAAAACACAUGAGCUGCUUCACAGAAUGAGUGGGAAAGGACUGGCCGCCUGGUACUGCUUCCCAAGACAGCCUUGCAUUUUCGGUGACAAGAUGGUCUCUGUACAAAUAACACUGAAAAAUACUUCUGAUCGAAAGAUAGAAAAUAUCCACAUAGGGGAAAAGAAGCUUCCCGUAGGCAUGCAAAUGCAUGUUUUUCAUCCAAUAGACUCUCUGGAGCCUGAGGGGUCUGUUACUGUAUCAGUGGGUAUUGACUUCUGCGAUUCUACACAGACCGCUUGUUUCCAGUUGUGCACCAAAGAUGAUUGCUUCAACGUCAACAUUCAGCCACCUGUUGGGGAACUGCUUUUACCUGUGGCCAUGUCAGAGAAAGACUUUAAGAAGGAACGAGGAAUGCUCACUGGAAUGAAUGAGACCUCUGCUACAGUCAUCGCUGCACCUCAGAACUUCACUCCCUCCAUGAUCCUCCAGAAGGUUGUAAAUGUUGCCAACCUGGGUGCAGUGCCUUCAGGCCAAGAUAACGUACACAGGUUUGCAGCUAAAACUGUGCACAGUGGGUCAUUGAUGCUAGUCACAGUGGAACUGAAAGAAGGCUCCACAGCCCAACUUAUCAUAAACACUGAGAAAACCCUGAUUGGUUCUGUUCUGCUGCGGGAGCUGAAGCCUGUCCUGUCCCAGGGGUAACCUGCUUACAUCUGGGCUUCAGGAUCUGGCACACAACAAAAGUGCCUGGCACCCACUACUGCUGCCUUUCAUUUAUAAUAAUAGCCCUUCCAUCUGGCAGCGGGGAAGAGCACACUCUUGACAUUCUUGUCUCUGCUUUAGAAUGCUGGUGUGUAUCUAUCGUGUAUGCAAUCCUUUCUUCUCUUCGCUUUGCUAACCAAAGAACAUAUAUUUUACUGUCAGUUUUCUCAACUCCUGAAUCCAUGCAGCAUUUUCUCCGCCCUCAGACUUCUUUUGGCCUCAUCUUCCUUCUGGUUUUUGAAAAUGAUGGACGUGAAUCAGACACUGAAAGUUCAUGGAGAAUCAUCCUUCCUUCAAGCAGUAAGCAAAAAUUAGCAAGGAAAUCAUCUAAACGUCCUCUCAGCUUGGUAUAUGAAAAGGAGAGAGCAUGCUUUUUUUUUUUUUAAUUAAAUGCAAAAAAAAAUGAUCUCUGCCAAAUUCCAUUCUUUGAAUUUCCUCAUAUUGUAAUUAGUUAUUGACAAUUGUCAUCAUGAAGUUACUCCCGAAUAAUAAGAUAAAUAAACUAACAUUUGCCUCUCCUGAC